UCGAAGUUCGGUCACUGAGUGGUAAAACUCAAAGAAUUUCAACAACAAGCAUUCACAAAUAGUUAAAGAGUGCCAGAUAUUUAUUGCAGAGACAAAAAGGAACAUCAAACGUUCACUUUCUCAAUUCUUCGAUUUUAUGCUUUCCCUCCUUUCUUACUUGCAAUCAGCAGGGUUCCACUGAACUCAAAGUAAGCUUCUCCAACAAAGCAUUCCUUUCUUCAACAAGACGAUGCUAGCAGAGAACCUUAACUAUUCCAUCUUUUUAUCUUCUCCUUCCUUCUUAGAACUUCUUUGCUUCAGAAUCGAGUUUGAGAUUUCUUGUGAGGAGCUACUACGUUAGCUUCUUGCAGCAGCAAGCAACCCAGAAAAAGGAGUAUGAAACUGGUUGUUGAAGUUGUGGAUGCUCAUAAUCUUAUGCCCAAAGAUAGUGAGGGGUCUGCUAGUUCAUUUGUGGAAGUUGAUUUCCAAAACCAACUAAGCAAAACUAAAACCGUUCCUAAAAACCUCAACCCUGUUUGGAAUCAGAAACUUUUCUUCGAUUUUGAUGAAACCAAUGACUGCAAUCACCAAUCACUAGAGGUCUCUGUUUACAAUGAAAGGAGACCUGUUCCGGGUCGAAAUUUCCUUGGUAGGGUAACAAUUCCUUGCUCGAGCAUUGUCAGAAAAGGCGAGGAAGUCUAUCAACAAUUUCAACUAGAAAAAAAGUGGUUUCUCUCAUCUGUCAAAGGUGAGAUUGGCCUGAAAGUCUAUAUCUCAUCAGAAUCUGAAACAAAGUCCCCUCCUCCCUCCCCGCCACAAACCCCGCUGUGCAAUCAACCACUACCAUCAUCACCACCAACUUCAGCCCCUGUUUCAGAUAACACCAACUGCAAAACUUUAGCAGCUCACCAAAAAGCGGUUGUUGCUGUUGGCACUGCCAAAUCUAGUUCUUCCAUUGUUCCGAUUCAGAAAUUCAGUUCUUCUACUGCAGCAACCGGUUCGAGAGGUAGUGAUCCUUCCAAAGCGCUGAAGGAAGAGAUCAAAAAAUCCAGUGAAGGGACAGUAGAGAUAACUCCGUACGUACAUAAACACCAAGCACUGCAACAAACAAGCCUACCAGUGGAGAAAAGGGCACACAGCGUGCAGUUUACCAUGCAAUCUGUGAAUGCAAAAGCCCAGCCUGGUGACCAAGAGGACUAUAAUCUGAAGGACACCAAUCCCCAGCUUGGUGAGCGAUGGCCUAAUGGUGGAGCUUAUGGAGGAAGAGGAUGGAUGAGUAGUGAGAGAUUCACGAGCACUUACGAUCUUGUUGAGCAGAUGUUCUAUUUGUAUGUGAGGGUCGUAAAAGCCAAAGAUUUUCCUCCCAGCUCCGUAACUGGAAGCUGCGAUCCGUAUGUGGAAGUAAAGCUGGGGAACUACAAGGGAAGGACAAGGCAUUUUGAGAGGAAAAUGAACCCUGAAUGGAACCAAGUGUUUGCCUUCUCAAAGGACCGUGUUCAAUCCUCAUUACUAGAAGUUUUUGUGAAGGAUAAAGAAAUGGUGGGCAGAGACGAUUACCUUGGAAGAGUAGUUUUCGAUUUGAAUGAGAUUCCAACGAGGGUUCCACCCGACAGCCCAUUGGCUCCGCAAUGGUACAGACUAGAGGACAGGCGUGGAGAAGGAAAGGUAAGGGGAGACGUGAUGCUUGCUGUUUGGCUGGGAACUCAAGCUGAUGAAGCAUUUCCAGAUGCAUGGCACUCAGAUGCUGCCUCAGUCUAUGGAGAGGGUAUUUCUAAUAUCCGAUCAAAGGUUUAUGUGUCACCAAAACUGUGGUACCUAAGGGUGAAUGUGAUUGAAGCGCAGGAUGUACUGCCCAAUGACAGAAGCCGCCUCCCAGAAGUUUUUGUAAAAGCACAGAUCGGAAACCAAGUGCUCCGAACCAAGAUAUGCCCAACUCGCACAGCCAACCCACUCUGGAAUGAAGAUUUAGUUUUUGUAACGGCUGAGCCUUUUGAGGAACAGCUUUUCAUCACUGUUGAGGAUCGAGUACACCCUUCAAAGGAGGAUGUGUUGGGGAAGAUAAGCCUACCACUCAGCGCAUUAGAGAAGCGGCUAGACCACCGCCCAGUGCAAUCUCGCUGGUUCAAUCUCGAGAAAUACGGUUUUGGUGCCCUGGAAGCUGAUAGGAGGAAAGAACUCAAGUUUUCCAGUAGGAUUCACCUGAGAGUUUGUCUUGAAGGUGGAUACCAUGUGCUGGAUGAGUCAACAAUGUACAUUAGUGAUCAACGACCAACGGCAAGGCAGCUUUGGAAACAACCAGUUGGGAUAUUAGAAGUGGGCAUUUUGGGUGCACAAGGGCUCCUCCCAAUGAAAAUGAAGGAUGGCCGAGGGAGUACAGAUGCCUAUUGCGCCGCUAAGUAUGGCCAGAAGUGGGUUCGUACCAGAACCAUUCUUGACACUUUCAAUCCCAAGUGGAACGAGCAGUAUACGUGGGAAGUUUAUGAUCCUUGCACAGUGAUAACAUUGGGAGUUUUUGACAACAGCCACUUGGGGGGUGGUGAGAAACCAACAGGGAGCAAUGCAGCACGAGAUUCACGAAUUGGAAAGGUACGAAUUCGGCUAUCAACUCUAGAAGCCCAUCGGAUUUAUACGCAUUCUUAUCCACUGCUCGUCUUACACCCACAUGGAGUGAAGAAAAUGGGCGAGCUCCAACUAGCAUUUCGAUUUACAACUCUGUCACUUGCUAACAUGAUCUACAUUUACGGGCACCCCUUGCUGCCUAAAACGCAUUAUCUACAUCCAUUCACAGUCAAUCAAGUAGACAAUUUGAGAUACCAAGCCAUGAAUAUUGUUGCAAUGCGGCUUGGCCGAGCUGAACCACCUUUGAGAAAAGAGGUGGUGGAAUAUAUGUUAGAUGUGGAUUCUCACAUGUGGAGCUUGAGAAGAAGCAAAGCUAAUUUUUUCCGGAUCAUGUCACUCCUCUCUGGUAUCAUUUCUGUGGGUCGAUGGUUUGGCGAUGUUUGCGAUUGGAAGAACCCCAUCACAUCUGUCCUAGUUCAUAUUCUAUUUCUAAUUCUGAUUUGGUAUCCGGAGUUGAUUCUCCCGACUCUAUUUUUGUACAUGUUCCUUAUAGGAAUAUGGACCUACAGGUUCCGCCCAAGGCACCCACCUCAUAUGGACACAAAACUUUCAUGGGCAGAGGCGGUACAUCCAGAUGAGCUAGAUGAAGAAUUUGAUACCUUUCCAACUUCCAAAUCCCAUGAUAUAGUUAGAAUGAGAUAUGAUCGGCUUAGAAGUGUUGCAGGGAGGAUUCAAACGGUUGUGGGUGACAUAGCAACACAAGGGGAGAGAUUUCAGUCUCUGCUGGGGUGGAGAGACCCCCGAGCUACCAGCCUUUUCAUUGUUUUCUGUCUUUGUGCAGCUGUAGUGCUGUAUGCGACCCCAUUUAGAGUGGUAGCUCUGCUUGCUGGUCUGUAUUACUUGCGGCACCCCAGGUUCAGGAGCAAGCUGCCAUCUGCACCCAGCAAUUUCUUCAAGAGGUUGCCCGCUCGAACAGAUAGCUUACUGUGAUACUGAUAUCCAUACUAGUUGUCUCAAGGUGUGCUACAGCCUACAGGAUAACAUCGAUCCUAGAUUAACUGCUUUCUUGUGUGAAGUUAAACAAAUGUUGUGUCUAAAAUAAUGACUAGUAUUUUUACUUUUCCAUAAAUUGUUCCCCUACAUUGCAGUUGCAGUUAUAACUUAUUCACUCUUGACUU